CUGCUGCUAUAACUGAUGUUGAUGAGAGGUACGAGUUGCGUGGAAAUGUUCAGCUUGAAGUUGUGGCUACUGAAUCUUCACCACGAGAUGAUACUCUUCCGGAAACAGCCAGAAAAGAAACUGAGAUGGGUGAGAAAUCUGUGGGAAGAGUAAACGUUGAAACGGAUAAUUUGGACAGUAGCAGUGGCUUGGCAACCAAAUCAGAUACAGAGAAGAGAUCAGAAGAUGACAUCAAUCGUGGUAACUGGUAACCCUUUUGCUGAAGCAAGUCAGAAAGAUAAAAUUGGAACAGAUGAUGUGGUGAGCCAUCAUUUGGACACUAACAUUGGGCUAACAGCCAGACCAGAUACAAAAAAAAGAAGAGUUCAGAAGAUGACACAAAUCAAACUUCUGCUACUGCAAAGCGUGUUGAUACUACACCUGCUGCAUCUCUUCCAAUCUCUAGAGGAGACAAUCAGAAAUGUUACUGAAUCUACUAGUUAUCCUUUAUGUUUGGUUUGUUUUAUAGCAAAGAAAAGUGUCACAAAACAUAAACACAUUUGAUCAUAUUGCUAAUUCUUUUUAUUCCUAAGGAUUCAAAUAUAAAAAACAUCAUUGGACA